AUUGAAGAAUUGAUUUUAUUUAGAAAAUGGACUGAGAUAAGCACCAGCAAGUUUUGAUGGUAUUUAGACAACAUUAGAGACUUUAGUACAAAUAUCUUUUCACUUAAAAUAUAAAACUGUGUUUCUGGUGGAAGAGGUUUCUAUUAAAAUCUUCCCGAUUCAUAAUAAAAAUGAGUCAAAAUCUGAAUUAGAAAGUCAAAGAUCAGCAGUGCUAUUGGAAAAGCAGUAUUGUAACAUUUCCCCUAAAAUUUUUCAUAUAACUUUAAAUUUAGAUUUUUUUCAGAUAAAACCAUGAGUGCAUCUAAUAGUGGACACCUGGCUAACGGUGGUAGUUCAUAUCAUAACAUUAAAAACAGCAUGAAAAACAACUUGUGGAAAUGACAAAAUCACCUCGUCUGGAUUUUUUCAUGUUUCACAAAACAACCGCUGCCAGCUCAACAAGUUUUCAUAUCGCUCUGUAGCGUAGCAUUAAUAAUGAAUGUGAUGACCAAAAUCCCGGUCAUAUCAGGUCUGCUUUGUGUUUCUUUUAAAUCCAUUCCUUCGACUUCAUUCUGUUAACUUCUCGUCAUUUCUUCAACAGUCAUGGCACCGAGACCACAAGAGGGGAACGACUCGUCCUCCACCAUGAGUGACAAGUCUAAGGGUAAAGAUAAGGAAAUGCCACCACCUUACUCCAGCUUUGACCUGGAGAAUGAUGAGCCUCCUGAGGAAGAUCCCUGGGAUCUCCCAGCACUCAAAGACACCGGGAUCAAGUGGUCAGAGCUGGAUACACGAGGGAAGAUAAUGAGAGUGCUGACUGCCAUCGUGAAGCUGAUUCUGCUGCUCGGAUUACUCUACCUGUUUAUUUGCUCGCUGGAUGUUCUCAGCUCUGCUUUCCAGCUAGUCGGAGGCAGAGCAGCUGGGGACAUCUUCAAGGACAGCGCUGUGUUAUCCAACCCUGUGGCUGGGCUGGUGAUCGGGGUGUUAGUCACAGUGCUGGUGCAAAGCUCCAGCACCUCCUCAUCCAUUGUGGUCAGCAUGGUGUCUUCUGGAUUGCUGGACGUGAAAUCUGCAGUACCGAUCAUCAUGGGGGCCAACAUCGGCACGUCGGUCACCAACACCAUUGUGGCUGUGAUGCAAGCUGGAGACCGAAAUGAGUUCCGCAGGGCGUUCGCUGGCGCCACCGUCCACGACUUCUUCAAUUGGCUGUCGGUGCUAAUCCUCCUGCCUUUGGAAGCAGCGACGGGCGUCCUCUUCAAACUCACCGACCUCCUGAUCAAGUCCUUCAACAUCGAGUCCGGAGAGGACGCGCCCGAGUUGCUGAAGGUCAUCACGGACCCCCUCACCAGCUCCAUCAUCAAGCUGGACAAAAAGGUGAUCGAAGAGAUCGCAACUGGCAAAGAUGUUACGAACAAAACUCUGGUCAAAAGAUGGUGCAAGACAGAAUCAAACGUGACUUUCUGGAAUACCACCGUGGAGAAGUGCCCGGAAGGUCAAGUCUGUUGGAUGGAGGGAGACAAGAUCUGGACAGAGAUGAACCAGACAUUUACCAACAACAUUGAGAGAUGCAAGCACAUCUUCGCCUAUGUUGAUUUGCCAGACCUCGCCAUAGGCCUGAUUCUGCUGGCCCUCUCUCUGCUCGUCCUCUGCACCUGCCUCAUCCUCAUUGUCAAGCUGCUCAACUCUAUGCUCAAAGGACAGGUGGCUGUGGUCAUCAAGAAAGUGCUCAACACAGACUUUCCCUUCCCCUUCGGUUGGGUUACUGGCUACAUUGCAAUUUUGGUGGGAGCAGGGAUGACCUUCAUUGUUCAGAGUAGCUCCGUCUUCACAUCGGCUAUAACACCUCUUGUUGGUAUUGGUGUCAUUUCCCUUGAGAGAGCUUACCCGCUGACCCUGGGAUCAAACAUUGGCACAACAACAACUGCUAUACUGGCCGCAAUGGCUAGCACUGGAGACAAGCUAGGCAGCUCGCUGCAGAUUGCUCUUUGCCACUUCUUCUUCAACAUCAUGGGGAUAAUCCUGUGGUAUCCGAUCCCCUUCAUGCGGGUGCCCAUCAGAUUAGCCAGAGGCCUGGGGAACAGAACUGCCAAAUACCGCUGGUUUGCAGCUCUCUACCUCAUCCUGUGCUUCUUGGUGUUCCCCCUGACCGUGUUUGGACUGUCCGUAGCCGGCUGGCAGUACCUGGUCGGCGUCGGUGUGCCCUUCGCGGCCCUUGUCAUAUUCGUGAUUGUCAUCAACGUGAUGCAGUCGCGAUGCCCCCGCUUCUUACCCAAGGUUCUCCGCAGCUGGGACUUCCUGCCCCUGCCCCUGCACUCCAUGGCGCCAUGGGACAAAGUGGUGACGACCUCCAUGUUCUUCUGCAGCAAAUACUGCUGCUGCUGCUGCAAGUGCAGCAGCUGCUGCCGAAAGGAUGAAGAGGCGGAGAGGAUCUCCAGGGCCAGCAGGAAGAGCCUGGCAAUGUACGACAACCCCGCCAUGUCCAGAGACGAAGAAAAGAUGGAGCACGAGAGAGCGACGCAGUUUUAAUUUCGUCGGGGGGGUUUUCUUGUGAGCCGGUGCAAUAUUUAAUGCAACUGUAUUCUCGUGACACAUUUCUUAAUUGUUCAUUCCUUCUCAGGUUGUGGUAAGGUGUUGAUUAUCCAAUGACAAACUGUAAUAUACACUGCCUGUCGCCAUGGAGACUACGGACAAAACUGUCACACAUGCUCUCAACAGGUCUGCUGUGUUGGGCCGUCUGAUGUUUAUUUAAUAUUUCCAAAAUCAUUGUACAUAAUACCUGUCUUCUAUAAGUUCAUAUAUAGGUUUCUGUGAAUACAAGCUUUUUUUAUUAUAUUUGAAAUUAUUUUCACAUCUGAACAUUUUGGAUUCCAAUGUAGCAUUUUAAAUUUAUUAUUAUUUGCCUAUGCUAACACUCAGUAUUUAAAGCUGUGUAAUAUUUGUAUAUUUAAAAAAUUGCUAUUUUUAAAGUACUACUUUGUCGUCUUUUGAA